UUCUCCUACCACCAAAACGAUUGACACUGUUCUUCUAAUUCCUUCGUCUUCUAAUAGCUAGAAGCAUAAUUUCGAUUUCAAAUUUUGUUGGUGUUUUCACUCGCUUUUGUGGUUUCACAUCCAGUCUAGGAUUAAUCAAUACAAAAAAUAUAUAUUUGGUGUUUUCACUCGCUUUUGUGGUUUCACAUCCAGUCUAGGAUUGAUAUUCUUUCUAGUCAUCAAUACAAAAGUAAAACAAAAAAUAGUUGGUGUUUCCCCCUUUCCAUUCUUGUUCUCCCACGUGUAAAAUAUAGUCUUUGUUCCUAGUGAUCAGCACAAAAAACCAAAAAAAUAUGUGCAUGUUCUAGUCGUUCCCAGAGAAAAAGAAUUCUAUUUUUUGUUUCCCCGUUCAUUGUUGUCCUUUCACAUCGACAAAAUACUCUUUGUUUCUAGUGAUCAAUACAAAAAUGAAUCGAUUGCAUGCUCCACUUUGCCAUUGCUCUUCCACAUCUACACUGAAUCCCGUUUCCUAGUGAUAAACAUUGAAAAAAAAUAUCAUUUGUGUUUCCCUUUAUGGUUGUUUUUUCAGAUCUGCAACUACUCCUUUUAUCUAACUCUAGCUUUUGAUUGAUAAAAAAAUAGGAAAAAAAUUCAUUGGCUUUCCAUCAUUGCUAUUGUGUUAUUCUCUUAUCCAGACUUUGUUCUCUUUCUGCGGAUAAAUACCAAAAAAAAAAAAUCUUUGGUUUCACCCCACUGUUGUUUUUCCACAUUUAUCAUUGCUAGCUUUUCUAGUUACCAGCUCCACUAGAAACACCAAAAGAUUCCUGGCUUGUCCCAGUACUGAGAUAUUUCCAGUGAAUAUGGUUGAGGUCAUUUCUUGACAUCCGUAUUACGGACCAUACAAGGAAGCUAGUCUGCAGCUUUUAAGCAGAAACAUGAACACUUAAUGUUUAUACUAUACAAAGUUAUCCCCAGUUCAGGUUUCUUAGCCGCUGAGAGGACCGUGGAAGGAAAUUAGGUGCAGCUGUCAAGCCAAGUCAAAGAGAAUUAAUAUUUGUUUGCCAGCCUUCAGUUUAAGUGUUACUGAAUAUUGUUUCUUGGUGAUCUAAGAUCCUGCAUGUGACAAGUUAUUCCCGGUUCAAAGCUUUUCAGAAGGCCAGCCCAGAGCUGAGAGGUCAAUUUGUGCAAACUAGCAAGUUUGUUACACUACUGAACAUAAGUCAUGGCAUCAUCUUCAUGGGAAAAAUGGCCUGAUCAUGUGCGGGAUAAAUGGCGUGAUGAUCUGAGAGAUAUAGAUUUUUGGUUUAAUAGAUAUCAUGAAGAGGAUGAUGCAGGUCUUAAGUUCACUAUUAAUCCAUGGAGGUAUUGGAAUGUUGGGGCGGGGCCCAUGGCUUCCUUCAGACUAGCCAUGUCAGGCAUGGUUGAGGGAAUCUGUGAGAGCUUUGGGCCCUUCAAACCCGUGAUAAAGGUGGAUCUGAAGCCCACGCCAACUGUAGAUGAAGCACAAGGAACAAGGUUCAUGAGCAUCAAGUACCAGUUAGCCGUCGCUGCGGCAGAGGAGUUGGGGCUACUCGACCAAGAAUAUAACAGGCUGAAGGAAGAGCACGAUGAGUUGCAGUUUUACACCUACGGGUGCAGUGGUACCGGUGCCUCUCAUAAUUUGGAGAAUCGUGUGCGGUACACUAUAGUUCCUCAGAUCGGCAAGAAGUUGUCAACCGAGAAGUAUUUGCUAGUGGUCAAUAACCUCCGGUGGCCAAUUGUGCCUGACAGUUUUAUACAGGAUUGCGGGUUCCCUCCCCCGCUGUGGACAGAUUCUAAGUGGCUCAUCUCAACCACUUCUGAGGAUGUCUGCAAUAAGAGCAAGCUGGAAAACGAUUGGGUUAUACCCUAUCCCACAGAUAGGGAUGUUGUGGCGCUUACCCUCUCUGCACUGCGUGAAUCGGCACAGCACAUACUCAACAUGACCCAUCAAGAAAGCAAGGAAUACUGGCAUCACAUAGCCCUCAAUUGCUUCCACUUUGCCAUGGUGAUCUUUGCCAAACAUUCACAGAUGGCAGCGGUUACCUCGGACGAGCUCAUCCAUCAUUGGGCCACCCAAGGCAUCUUGCCUCGUAUGACCAGUAGUGAAGAAGAAAAAGAAACCAACAUCUGCAGCAGCAAGUGUGCCUAUAUGCAUCGAGUUGGAAGGGUCAUCCUUGAAGCAUUUGAGAAAUACUCUUUGUUGCAGCUACCAUUCUCUCCUGCCAAUGAAGCUCAUGAAGCCACCAAUACUGCUGCACAAUUCCUUGCAUACCAUGCCCUCAUUGCAGAAGGCAUGACAGUAGGUGAACUCGCGGAUCAUAAGAAAAAAUGGAUCGCCUUUUUGGAUGAUCAUGGAUGUCAUGUAAGCCGAGAAUGGUUGGGGCCGGGGGAAACUAGGGGGGCAACUGCACUUAUUCUAAGAGGUUGCUCAGACCAAUCGGUCAUACUUUGCAAGCUGGGCCAUAUCCUGCCCAAACUUAUAUUUCUUCAUUGUCUUGAUCUCUCUUACACUCAACUGAAAACACUCCCUUCUUCUAUCGAAUGUCUAAUAAACCUUCGACUGCUUUCACUUAGAGGCUGCCAUGAUCUCAAAACUCUUUCCAGUUCACCCACAACAAGUGCCACAGACUCGUCAACAAAUACUACGUCAUAUUCCCCAUUAUCCACUCUAUACAAGCUUGAAAUUCUUGAUAUGAAUGGAGUUCCUUUUUCUCAUAUAACACAAAAUGUAGCCAACCAAAAGAGCAACUUGAUUUACCUCAACAUGUCCUAUUCAGAAAUAUCUACUUUUCCACCAAAUGUUUUUCGGGACAUGUCAAAUCUUGAAGUGCUUAUUCUUGCCAGCUGCUCCAACCUUCUCCAGCUUCCUCCUUCCAUGGCAUUGCUAUCCAGCCUAGUAACCCUUGAAGUCACAGGGACCCAAAUAAAAUGCUUCCCGCCGAAGAUAUUUGAAGAAAUGCAGAAGCUUCAGUCGCUCAAGCUCAUCGACAAUAAGAAAUUGAUUUCACUCACAAGACCAAUCUCUAGGUUUCAGGGAAUCAAGUUGGAAGGGCAUCCUAACCUUAUAUCAUUCGUCUUGAUCGGCGCACCUCACGUAAGGUGCUUGUCUUUGCGUGGAUGUAGGAAACUCGAGUCCGUCGAGAUAAAGAAUCUUGGUGCGUUGGAAGAGCUAGAUUUGUCCGGUACAACUAUCAAGGAGCUCCCUGCUGACAUCCCCAAUAUGCCCCAUCUUAGGAGAUUGCUCCUACUUGGUGUUCCUUCUCUGAGGCGAUUUCCUUGGCAUAGGCUGGAGCGACUCCCUGAUGUGUUUUUCUUGGAUAAUUGCUCAGAAGGAAAUGGUAAUCACUCUAAUCAAGUUUCCCAAGUGUGUGUUACUGACGCCAGGUUCUUCUAUAGCUUCCAUCGCAAUGCUCUGAAUUUAGCAAGACAUGGGAAGUUUUUCCAAUCAUUUUAUAUUCGAGUUGCACCAUGCAUUACAAAUAGUAUGCAACUGCAACUGCAAGAUGAAGAAAUCAUGCUAGCUAACAAGCUGGACGAGUUGCUACAGAAACAGUUAACAUAUGUAGAUGUAUAUAGCAGAUAUUUUGCAGAGAAAAUUGCUAUUGCCCCACAAAUUAGAGUUCCCCUUCACCGAACUAAGCGGCAUGUGGAUAUCACAGGCGGGCAACAGUCACACAAUGGUUUAGCAUACCUUCUGCAUAUCACGAAAUCAAUAUCAGUGACAUAUGAUACUUCUAUCAAGUCUUUUUCUAACUUGAGCGGUUUUGAUGAGCUGGAAGAAUGUGAGCUUCAAUGGUGCCACAAAAUAGACACCGUUUUCCACAACUUCAUGGAAAAUCUACGGAAUGUGCAUGUGUCCAACCUCAAAAGUCUAGUUAGAUUCUGUUCACCAUACUGUUUUGUUGAAUUCAGUUCACUAGAGCAUCUACACCUGGAGAACUGCCCCAGAUUGGAGAUCCUGAUGACAUAUGGUGCAUCAGCACUACCAUGUCUCAAGACACUUGACAUCAUGUUUUGCUACAACCUCAAGAAACUAUUCUACAGUUAUGAAGAUCAAGAUCGUGCUUAUGAGCUCCCAAGCCUCCAAAGGAUACGUCUACAGGAGCUGCCACUGCUAAAGCACUUUGAUGACAAUGAUGCCAUCAUAACGGCACCGGCAUGGGAGGAGCUCCAUAUCCGGGGGUGCUGGAGCCUUCAACGCCUCCCGCACCUACAAGGACGCCAGCCGGAGACAGUGAAGGUGAACUGUGAGAAGAGCUGGUGGGGCAAACUCCAGUGGGGGCCACUCCCACACCAUAACAACUAUGAACCGAAGCUAUCCCCAGAGUUUGCCUCAUUCGACGAGUCUGCCGACAUGAGCAGCUACCUCAGAUGAGUCAACAAGGCCUCCAUCAAGACAUCCAUCCAUCUAUACAUCAGUUGUGUUCCACCAUACGUCCAUGUUGUAUAUAUGUCAACCACUCUGGUCUGCAAGAUGAUACUUAUCAGCUCCAAAAGAUACGUCUCCGGGAGUUACCACUGCUCCAGCACUUCCAUGACAUAGACAUCGACCUCACCAUCACCGCGCCAGUGUUAAAGGAGCUCCACGUCCGAGGGUGUUGGUGCCUCUGAUUCCUCCCACGCCUACAAUAAGUGUUCCAGCACACCCCCAUAGAGUACCUUCCUCAAUACUACCUUAUUAACGGUGUUCCACCAUACUCUACAUCCAUACUGUAUAUGUCAACUACCCUUGUGUCGUUCGACCCCCUUGUCUCUAGUCUGUAGUAUGCAUCCCUGACAUGCCCUUGCCUCUCUAUACACCCGCAUGCCAUCCAUUUGAUUUUUAGAGCUUUUGGCAAAUAAAAGUCCAAAUUCCUAGGUUAUUGUCAACCGACCACUUUGUCCCCUGUGGAAUUGGUUUUACUUUUUACUAUUCAA